CAAUCCCGGGUCAUCAUCGGCCCCACCUCCCCCAAGAUCCGUUUCUUUCUUCAUUUUGAUGGGUUUUGGGGGGUCGCUAUGGGCUGCGUCAGCUCCAAGCAGGCUCGCUCCGACGUCUUCCCCGCUCGCGAUUCCUCCCCUCACCGCAAGCUCGGAUCGUCGUCCCGCGAAAUCCGUGUCGACCCGCCAGAGACCGACAAAUGGGAGGAACCCAAAUCUCCUCCCCCUCCUGGGAAUUCGACGGCGUUGAGGACCGAGACUCCUCCCGAAAACCUGCCUGAUUUUGGGGUUUGCGCAGGAAGGUUGACGGAAUGCGAACAGAUUGCCGCCGGUUGGCCGACCUGGCUCACUUCCGUUGCCGGAGAGGCCAUAGACGGCUGGCUUCCUCUCAGAGCUGACAUGUUCCAGAGAUUAGAUAAGAUUGGACAAGGUACAUAUAGCACCGUGUACCGAGCACAAGACCAAGAAAGUGGCAAAAUGGUCGCCUUAAAAAAGGUCAGGUUCGACAAUUUCCAGGCGGAGAGUGUUAGGUUUAUGGCCAGAGAGAUAACAAUCCUUCGCAGGCUUGAUCACCCGAACAUCAUGAAGCUUGAGGGUAUAAUAACUUCCAAGCUCUCCUGCAGCAUAUACCUGGUUUUUGAAUACAUGGAACAUGACCUCGCUGGGUUGCUGUCAUGUCCUGAAAUCAGAUUCACCGAGUCACAGAUCAAAUGCUUCAUGAAGCAGCUAAUGUCUGGGCUGGAGCAUUGCCAUUCAACUGGGGUCAUACAUAGGGACAUCAAAGUCUCCAACAUCUUGGUAAACAAUGAAGGGGUUCUGAAGAUUGCUGACUUUGGGCUUGCAAACUUUGUGAGUGCAAAGAACGUGCAGCCGCUGACCAGUCGCGUGGUGACUCUCUGGUAUCGCCCACCUGAGCUGCUACUGGGCUCCACCAAUUAUGGGGUGACCGUUGAUUUAUGGAGCGCGGGUUGCGUUUUUGCUGAGCUCUUUUGUGGGAGGCCUUUCCUUAAAGGGAGAACCGAGGUGGAACAACUGCACAAAAUCUUUAAGCUUUGUGGGUCUCCGUCAGAGGAUUACUGGAAAAGAUCUAAACUUCCACUUGCAACUGUGUUCAAACUCCAAUAUCCUUAUGAGAGUACACUCCGAGAACGGUGCAGAGAAUUCCCAGAAGCCGCCGUGGACCUCAUAGAAACACUUCUUUCAAUUGAGCCUUAUAAGCGUGGGACUGCUUCAUCCACACUUGCUUCUGAGUAUUUCAAUUCUGCGCCAUAUGCUUGUGAUCCAUGGAGCUUGCAAAAGUACCCACCAAACAAAGAGAUUGAUGCAAAAGUUCGGGAAGAAGAACGAAGUAUUUCAAUUCUGCGCCAUAUGCUUGUGAUCCAUGGAGCUUGCAAAAGUACCCACCAAACAAAGAGAUUGAUGCAAAAGUUCGGGAAGAAGAACGAAGAAGGAAUGCAAUUUCUGCGUCAAGAGGAUUGGGAGCUUCCAAAAAUCCAAGAAAAGUUCGAAAUAAUUUACGAGAGUCUAUCAGCUUCAGUAGAGCUUUUCCAAUGCACGAGAUGGAGGCGAACAUUCCAUAUAACCGCAGAGACAACAUUGGUGGUGGCAACCGUUGUGCCACUAAAGGAGCCACAGUGUCACGGGUGUCAUUAAACCAAUCAUACGAUACAACGUCCGUGGUUUCUCAGGCGGCGACAGAUUUGUCUCAGGCCGAAACUGCUUGCUCUGCCCCUCUUGAAAUGUCUGCCAGUUUUACAAAGGCAAAGAACCAAAAACAGGACUUUCCAGUUUCACGAACCCACACUAACACUAGUCAUGUCAACAAUAAUCCAAAAGGUCUAAAAUGUAAUGUCAUAGUAACCCCCCCUUCAGAUCGGUUCCGUGCUGAAGCUACAAGAAGCCCUGAUAUGGCUGAAAAGCGUGCCCUUCGCAAGCACCGAUUGAAAUCAGGAAGGCAACAGUCGUUUGACUCGUCUGAUAUAUAUCACUCAAGAAAGCCAUCACUGGAGAAUGAUGAUCAACAAGGAAGUACUGUAUUUUCAGGACCAUUGUUCCAACAUCCAAACAGAUGAUACUAGGCAGGAUAUCAGAACUCGUCAAGCUGUUCGUAGAUCACGUUUCUAUAGAGAUUCAUAACUUGGAAUGAACUAAGGAAGAUUUGUAUGUAUCCACCAACUCAGCAUUCUUCGUGGUUUUUUUUGUGUACUUCUCCUUGGGAUUGCCCCUGUGCUUUUACCAUAGAAUGCAGAUCAAAUGCUGCAAUCACCACAGUAUUUUGCCUCCAAAAGACGAGAUCGAAUGAAAAAACUCAAUGUGU